GUUGAGUUCAAUGAACUUGUGAAAGCUGUGUUUGGUUUACAAUGGUUUGGUGAACCGGUGUAUCAAUCCAAGAUGGCGCUGUGCAUUUUAACUGUUUGCUAUUGAGAUGCAUAUUUUCGAUGUUAAAUUUGUUAUUUUCGGUCUAGAGAGAUUAAUAGUAAUAAAAUAAUUAUGACAUAUCGAUUAUUGCUUGUACGGUAGAUGUGUACGUGGAUCCGAGUGAUGUGUAGUUCGAACGCUGUUGAUUAAACAAUACCAAGUUUUCGCUCAUUGCGGUGAGAGUAGGAUUGCCCGUUUAUGUAGCAAUAUGGGGGUUAAUUAAUGGUUGAUUAAUUAAAUAUAUUAAUUAUCAAAAUAAAAUGAAUUAUCGAAAUCAACUAUACAUUAUUGUUUAUGAUGUCUUUUAUAAAAUCACAUUCCAUUAAUGAAAUUUUAUGAGCAUAUUGAAGAGGAAGGGAAUUUUACAAAACUAUGUCUAUGGGAUUAUCAUUGGAAAUUGAAAUUUAAUUAUUAAUAUUUGGAAGUGAGAAGAUGGCACAAUAUUAUCAAGUGGUGAAUGGAGCUACUUUUACUAUUGAUGAACUGCGAACUAUGUGCCCAAAUAUUCAGAACUUGCAGUGCAUUGACAGUGGAAAUGGUAGUAUUCAGUACAUCAUAAAUCAAGAUGAUACAGCGGUACAGUAUCACAAUCAAGUUAUUGGCAUUGAUCAGACAGGAGCUACUCUACAACUUGAAACAUAUCAACACCAACCAGUAGUUUUAGAUAGCUCCCUGCCACAGCAGGGAGUUUAUGUAAUUGAAGCUGUUGACCCAUCUGCUCAAGUUACUGUUGAUGUACAAGAUCAGCAAGUGAUAGCAACACAUCAUGGAACACCGCAGUUUGUGGUGCAACAACUACAAACCUCAAUGCAGCCUUCAAAUCAGUCUUCCCAGGCACAAGUUCCUGAACAGCCACAGCAACAACAACAACAACGACAACAGCAGCAGCAGGUGCAACAGUCAAUGCCUACCCAACAACUUCAACACUUGCAACGACAGCAGCAACCUGCUCAACAAAUUUUGGAGUCAACAGAAUCUCAACCACAGACCAUCUUGUUUGGUAGACCUCAUGGAAGCAAUGGCAUCACAUUGUUGGAUACAUCUGUUCAGUUAACAACUGCUACCACGCAAGUGUCAGAUACUGAAAAUUCUGUUCACAAACCUUUGGUAAUGACUGAAUUAGUUCAUUCAUCACCAAGAACAUACAGUAAUGUUGCAAAGUUUCAAGGUGAACAGGCUGUGCAGAAAGUUCAGACACACUUAAUUACUUCCGUGAACCAGCUACAAGGAAGUUACAUUGAACUUUGUAAUGGUCAAAAGAUACCAGUUGGUGGGGACUGGCAACAUCUUCAGUCGCAACAGCAGUUGCAGUUACAACAACAACAAGAACAUCAACAGCAGCCACCUCUUCCACAGCAACAACCUCAGCAGUUGCCACAACAAACUCCUCAAACUGUGCAAUCACAGACGCAGGAGGUACAACAACCUCAACUCCAACAACAGACUCAGUUACAUCAACAGUUGCAGCAGGCUCCACAGAUUCAGCUGCAGUCCCAUCAGUUGCAACAACAGUUACGCCAACACCGUCAACAAGUAACUACUUCUACGCAACAGUCUCAACAAUUGCAGCAGUCAGCAAGACAAAUAGUUGCUCAAGAAAAGACUCAUUCUCCACAGAACAGUCAGAAUAAUCAAACUUUGCAACAUGUGAAUGCUGCAACUAGUAAGAGAUCAGAUCAUGUGGGAGUUAUUACAAUCACUUGUCAGGACAAUGGUACUGUAGGUGUUACUCCAGUAAAUCGACAGCAACAAAUUGUUCCCAAUCAGCGACGACAGCAGCAGCAACAGAGGCGUCCCCAAACAUCUACAUUACAUAUUACACCAGAGGGACAACUUUUAUUGCAGCAACAAUUACAACAGCAGCAGCAGCAACAAUUGCAAUUGCAGCAGCAGAUACAAAAACCACAGGCACAAAUACAAGCAUCACUUCAACAACAACAACAACAACAACAACAGCAGCAGCAGCAGCAGCAGCCACCACAGCAGCUGCAGCCACAAACACAGACACAGCCGCAACCACAGCAGAAUCCACAGCAAAUGCAUCAACAGCUUGUCCAGCAGUUACAGCAGCAACCUCAACGCCAACAGCAGCAGCAACAACAACAACAACCACAACAGCUGCAUCAACUGCCACAGUCUCAGCAAUUGCAUCAGACAGUCCAGCAUGUGGAAGAAAAUAAGGAACAUUUGGUAGUACAAACUUCACCAAGACCCAAUCAGUAUCCUGCUGCACGCCGAACUUAUAUGAACAAGCCUCGUCCUCGUACCCAUAACAAUUUGGUAGUGAACAAUACUGUGCAAGCUAUUGCCUCCCCAACGAGUGAUCAACAUCAGAACAUCUUGCAACAUGAUGCCAAGGAGAUACAACAUCAGGCUUCUCGAAACACAUCCAUCGCCAAUGCCACCACUGCCAUUACCUCUACUCCAACCAUUACAACCACUCCACCUACCACAACUACAACACAGGUUCUGGUUCUUCUGCCAAAUGGAGAGCAACAAAUAAUAAAUGUUGAAGAUUCUCCGGGAUCCAAUGUUUGUCUCAAAGAUAUUUUGGGACAGAUUGGUAUAAAUUUAGAUUCCAAUAUGACUAUAUCAAGUGCUCCUGAUCUUACUACUGACCAACAAGUUUUAACAAAAGACAUUCUUAAUAGAAACACCACAAUUGAUCAGCGUUUACAGGACCGUGUUGUGGCACCCGGUAAAACAAUAACUACAGGGACAGCUUCAUUCAAAACAAUUACUGGAUCUCAAUCUGUUUUACAGCAAAUGAUGGUCCACCCUGAAAAUACUGUUGAGCAGAAGGCUAUUCCAGUUGAGCGACCAAAGUAUGUGGCUGGCAUGCUUGCUUUAUGUCAUAACUGUGGGUACACCUCCGUAGACUUCAAUCAGUGCCAGAGGUGUAGGAGGAAACUACCUGAAGCAGUGAAAUCAAUUCCUGUAACUGAUACGCCAAAGAAGAAAGCCACACCUACAAAAGAAGUAUUGUGUCAAUGCCUUUUUGACUUGAAUAUUUAUGCUUGUGUAGCUUUUAUGAUGAAGUGCAACAAGUUGUUGAAAGGGGAUUCUGAGGGUAUCAAGAGUUCUAAACGAGCUCGUGCUGCGAGAUCCAAGACUCGCAAGCUGGUAGAGGAACCAGUUAUAUUAACUCUAUCUUCUGAUGAUGAAGAUCAAAGGCAUAGUGAUCUGGACUCUUCCCUGGAUAGAUCGAUUAGUAAUAAUCACUCAGUCCCUUCCGAAAAUUCAUCUUAUGUGUGUAGUGAUAGUUCGGUGACAUCAUCUGCCAUGGGGAAGGAGCCAAUCAUUGAAGAAGAAGAACCGUCCUAUCAGCCGGGCGAUGAAAAUUGUGAAAUUAAAGGAGGAUUCAAAGACUUGGAUGUCGAAUCUAUUAUAGAUGGAUCAGUGCCUGGCCAAUACACAUUGUUGCAGUGUCGGACAGUUCGCAUUGGAUCAUACAAAGUUAUUCCUACAGAUAGAGUUAUUCUUUCUUCAAUUGGAAUGCGGAUAUGUGUGCCUUCAAUUGAGGAUGAAACAAAGCCAGUAACACUGACCCUUGGCAUAAAGGAAGUUGUAAAAGUACUCAUACAUUUUGGACGGGGAAUGCCUGUUCUGUUUUUUUAUGCCCAACCAACAGCUGCAGCCAGAAUUCGAAAUUCUUUGAAAAUGGAUUCAAAGAGUGGACCCUACUAUGACCCCACUAGCCAAGAUGAUACCCAGAAACGCAUAACACUUUUACCAGAGCGCCUGCAAGAGGAUAGUAAAGUGAUACUUAAAGCAAUUUUUGGUACUAUCAAUGUUCUGGAAGAAUUAAACAACAAAGAAGCCAAUGAUAUUUUGGUUAGAGCAUCUCCUAAAGAUGUGCAGAGCAUGAUGAAGAAAACUAUUGGAGCAACUACUCCAAAACCAGUCAAUAAUGAAAUACAUACAAUUCUAGUAUAUCCCCCUCACCCUGGGAAAGGUGGUAUUCCCAUUAACACUGAAGAUUAUGCCUGCUUGAAGGAGGACCAGUUCCUAAAUGAUGUGAUCAUUGACUUUUAUUUAAGGUAUCUCACUUUGUCAGUACUCUCAGAGUAUGAUCAACAGCGGACACACGUCUUCAGUUCAUUUUUUUACAAACGACUUACAACUCGACCUCCAAAAACUGCUCGCCGAUCUCAUCCUAUUGAAGAUGAUCCUAAAUUGACACCUGCUGAGAAAAGACACAGCCGUGUGAAAAGUUGGACAAAGAAUGUCAAUUUGUUUGAGAAGGAUUUUGUUGUUAUUCCUAUAAAUGAACAUUGUCAUUGGUUUCUGGCGAUUAUAUGCUUUCCGGGGCUGACUGGACCAGUAAGAAUGAGUGACAAUACUCCUGUUACGGAACCAGUAAACAAAAACCGUGUAAAAUCAGCAAAUAAGAAAAAAAAUUCAGACCAUGAAUCUCCUCCAAAAACUCUACAGAUCGGCUGUACUACAAUCACUCCUGUGAAAUGUGAUACUAUUACCUUGGAGAUGGGCGAAGAUGGAUCUGAUCGAGAUGAGGCUGAAGGUGAUGAUGAAGAAAUGGAUCACAGUAGUGAUGAAGAGGAUGCUGAAAACUCUCCAGAUGGUGAAAAAAGUGUGAAUAAAACAGAUACAUCAACUGAAAGUCCCCAGAAAGAAAACUCUGAAGCAAAAGUCUUGAAAACUGGCAGAGAAGCAAUCAAACAGCCAUGCAUUUUAAUUUUCGAUUCAUUAGCUGGAGCAAGUAGAAGUCGGGUUGUAGCAACCUUACGAGAUUACCUAAGAAUUGAAAAUAAAGCCAAGGGAGGCAAAGAACUUGCUUUCUCCAAAGAUACAAUCAGAGGUGCAUCACCUAAAGUUCCACAGCAGACAAAUUUCACAGAUUGUGGUCUCUACCUGCUCCAAUAUGUGGAAAGUUUUUUCCAGGAUCCCAUACAAGAUUAUCAUAUACCAAUACGUACUCUUGCUAAUUGGUUUCCCGAAGAAGUUGUAAAUCGAAAACGAGAAGAGCUUCAUAAGUUGCUGUUGUCUCUCAUUGAGAAAACUGGUGUAGAUCCAGCCACAUUGAAUCUACCUAAAUUAACAUUUUCCUCUAAUUUGUCUGCCUCACAAGAAGCAACUGAAACAACUGCAACAUCCAAUGGUGAGGAACCAGAUGUCUCAUCACAAGAUGGAGAAUCAACUUGUGCUAAGACCAGUAAUGUAGAAGAAUCCAAAUCCAACAGUCCUACACAUCCAGAAAAUGUGCGUGUUAACAGUAGUGGCUGUUCAAGUGGUAGUGGAGAUGAUGUUUUAAUAAAAAUGUCUCUAGACUCCAACAGUGCAAAAAGAGAAAGGGUGUCUCUUGUAAAUUAUUCAGACGAUAGUGAUGAAAAAAACUCUAUGUCAAUAGACAGUGAUAAUUCUAGCCCAGUGGAGUCAAAAAAAAUUCACCAAGCUCCUGAGCCUGUUAUGGGCGAUGUGAAGCAUUUAAGUGCAAGUAUCCGGAGAUUGCAAUUAGAUAAUCAACAAUGUUUGCUCUCUUUGGGAUAUGACCCAGGCUCAUUCUUUUCUGUCCCUGGAUCAUCCAGUUUGGGAACAAAUGGUUUGGUUCAUCAUUACUACAGCUCAUCUAGAAAUGAGGGAGCUGAUUUACCUCUCUUCAUGGACUCAGAACACCAUCAUAGUACACCUCCUCUCUCAGAAGAUGGAAGAGCAACAAAAUUGCAACCAGAAGUGUGGAAAGCCUUGAUAAGCUUGGGAUAUUUAUUUGUAGUAACAUGGAUUACAGCCUUCGUAAUGGUUGUGGUUCAUGACCGUGUGCCAGAUAUGAAAAAAUAUCCUCCAUUGCCUGAUAUAUUUCUUGAUAAUGUGCCUCACAUUCCAUGGGCAUUUCACAUGUGUGAAUUAACAGGAACAUUGUUGCUCUUUAUUUGGCUCAUUGUUCUUACAUUCCAUAAGCAUAGGUUCAUAUUGUUAAGAAGAUUCUUUGCUCUCUCUGGAACUGUGUUCCUUUUACGUUGUGUUACUAUGCUUAUUACUUCUCUGUCAGUCCCUGGUACUCAUCUGCAAUGCAAUCCAAGAACCUUGGAUAGUGAAGUGCGUAAAUAUGGGGAACUUUGGGCCAAAAUACAACAUGCCUAUAUAAUAUGGAGAGGUGCUGGAAUGUCAAUUCAAGGUGUGCGCACCUGUGGUGAUUAUAUGUUCAGUGGACACACAGUUGCCCUUACAAUGUUGAAUUUUUUUAUUACAGAAUAUACUCCUCGCCAUCUUUAUUUUGUGCACACUUUUACUUGGCUUCUCAAUAUGUUCGGGAUAUUCUUCAUUCUGUCUGCCCAUGAACAUUACUCCAUUGAUGUUUUUGUGGCUUUUUACAUAACUUCAAGGCUUUUUUUGUACUAUCAUACUUUGGCUAAUAACCAGGCAUUGAUGCAACGUGACUCUAAUAGGACCCGUGUGUGGUUUCCUUUAUUCAGUUUCUUUGAAUCUUCUGUGGAUGGCAUUGUGCCAAAUGAGUAUGAGUCACCAGUAGUGCCAAUACGAAAGUUGCUGAUAUGGAUAAAAGAGUGUGCUUGGAAAUUUAUAUCUCCUACAGUUUCAGAAUUGAGGCAAGCAAGAAGAAUAUCAAAUAGAAGAAGUGAGUUUAAGAGUGAAUGACUUGUGUAUAUCCAAAGAAAUUAUUAUAUUUAUUUAUUUAUUUUGUUAUACUAUUGAUAUAAACUAUUUGGCAAUAACAUAUCUGUAUGCAUUUGAAAUGCAUGUACAGAAUUAAAAGGUAUUGCUUUUAAACUGAUAUAUCUGAGAUUUUGUACUUUCAUAUAAUUCAACUGGUUUGGAAGCACACAAUUUAUGAAAAUGUAAGUAGUGUGGCAAUCAAAGUUGUAUCUGUUUAAAUUGAUGUGAAUUUUUUACAUUUUCAGUAUUUUUUAUUGAUGAAAUGACUUGUUUUGUCACAUCUCUGUUUUCAAUAAAAAUAGUUGAAUGAGAAUUUGUAUGUAUUUCAUGUUCUU